AUCUACCGACCCCCAGCACCAUGUAUUGCCUGCAGUGGCUCAUUCCCGUGCUGUUGAUCCCCAAGCCCGUCCCGGCGGGCCUCCUACACAACCAUGUGGUCUUCAUGGUCCUCUACUUGACUGGUUUCUUCUUGGAGCGUAAGCCAUGCACAAUCUGCUCGCUGGUGUUCCUGGCGGCAGUGACGGUCCUCUGCUACUCCGGCAUUGGCAACUGCCUCCUCUGGCCCACAGCGGACUGUCAAGGUGAAGGCAGCGGAACGAGUGAGCUGUGUGGAGGAGGUGGAUGACCUACUGGCUCAGAUAUGCAGAGGGCUGUGGACGAGACCAAGACUCAAGUGUGGCUAUAAGUUUUCUAAAAAGAAAAGACAAAAAAAAAAAAAAAAUGAUAGUAAUAAAAAAUAUAUAAAAAAUAGAUAAAAAAGGAUCCGAAGUGUUCACUGCAUCAGAACCAACACACUGUGACGGAAUUCUCUUGACUUCAGCUCAUUUUGAGAAGCAUUUUGGGGUUGGAACCAGUGGUAAGAAUGAGGCAGCUGUGAGUGUGUGUCUACCCUGUGGAUGCAGUGAAGCACUUGUUGCAAGAGCAGGGCCUUUAAUGCGUUGAUAAGGCAUACAGAAGUGGACCAUGCUCAAGGGGUCGGAACGAAUGUGAAAUGCAGGACUCUGUGGUUUGGAUUCUUAAUCACAGAGGGAUCCUGAUACAAUUUCAGUAAAUCUUUUCAAUGAAAGUGGAAUGUUUAACCAAUGAGGAAUUUUACUAUUUUCUUGCAAUGCCAAAUAAAAAAAAGAAAAAAAUAUUGCAUAGAGGUGCCUUUUCAGUAUUGGAUUGCUUCAGUGUGUUUUGUUGAACUUUAGGUAAAAAUACAUUCUUGACAAACCAAAAAUGUAGCAGUCCUUUGUCUUAUAAGAAAUGUUGGGUUACUAGGAUAUUACAUUGUGUAGUUAGCCUUAUCUUGUACAUGAAUAUAAUGCUUUUCACACUCUGUUGCAGUUAUGUAUAUAUAUGAAUGGAUACCACUUUAUGUGUAUAAGAAUUUUUCCAACUUCGUGAAGGAAAAUCUACCCAUAACAGAUCUUCCUACACAUGUGAUAUUGCAGGCAUUAAGGAAGGCUGAAAGGGCCAACCCAGUGACCCAGUCUUAGAUAUAUUGACAUGCUAAAUGUACGGUGUUCUUUCUUUUGUCAGCAAAGGUUUUCUUGAUAUUACCCAGGUUAGACUUCUGGAGACUGUGUGCUUACCUAUAGGAAAUGCUUUCUUUUUGAUUUGAAGAUUUCUUGCCCACACAGCUACCCUAUUUUCAGACAUUUUGUAGAUUUUGUACAGAUUCUGAAUCAAAGUAUGUCUAGUUUCAUAUUUUUGGAUGGAGAUGGAGAAAGAAAAGAAGAGAGGGAGAUGCUAUGGCAAGUAGAUUAAAGGCAAGUAUUUCCAUGUGCAGUGAUGUUUGGCUUAGAGGUAUCACAUAGACUGCAUUCUGGAAGGUGCAUGUUCCAAUUGGUUUUCGUUCUGUUUUAGAAAUGAAAUUGAAAAGUAUGUUUCUUUAUUUUUUUAUGGUUUAAAUUUUAAUGCUUCCAUUGCAUCAGGGUUGUAUCCAGCUACUCUUCUUUUUAAAGUUUUUGUAUUUUAUACUCUAUUUGUCCUAAAAGAGUUUAGAUAAUGCAGACUUGGAAGAAAGUAAGAAGAAAGUAAUUAUUAGACUAUAAAAUAUUGAAUAUCAAGAUCAGAAGUCAUUUAUAAGUUACUCUGUUUUCAACAUGUGAUAAGGGUUUUGGAAAGGAAGGGAAUGUAGAUUGUGAGCCAUUUCUUUUCUUUUUCUUUCUGUAGCUUGUUCCACUUUCAAUCUUUCUACCUUCUUUCAGUUGCCUUUGUUUGUUGUUUGUUUGUUUUCCUUUUUAAAUGGAUGUGUUAGGAAUUGAUGAGAAAUUGAUAAAAAGAGUUAACUAGCCACUUUGAUUUUUAAAGAAAGAACUUUGUGUCAUAGUAUAUCUUUUUGGAUGCAUUAGAGUCAAGAGAAAUGUUUUAAGUGCUAGUUCAUAUUUGAUAUAAACAUAUAUAUUUUUUCGAAGCUAUGAAGAUAAGGAAAGGAUUGAGAGGACCACUUUGUUGGUAUCUAAUAUUCACACAUUAUUAGUUUUGGUGGUUUUAUCCAUGAUUUUAAUAACAAUUCAUUUGACUGCCAUUCAUAAAUGUACUCUGUAUUAUUUUAUAUUCCUCAUUGUGAUGGUAAUUGUAAAGUAAAGCCGGACAAUCAAACGGAGACACAAAAAGGUCUCCAGCAACAGAAAAACUUGUUCUGUAAGUGGAAAUAACCUCCCUAAUUAGGCAUAUCAGUUUUCUUCGUCUUUCUCUUCCUCCUCCUCUUCUGCUUCCUCUUAUUAGGUGUUUGGUCCAAGUGAGAGGAUGUUGUUUGUGAGUAAUUGUGCUGUGCACCUUUGCCGUUCUGGAACUGAAUCUUGGUAACACUUGCAGAGGAUUUUUCAAGCCUUGAAGUAAUAUAUUGAUUGUUAUCUAAUGUGACUAAACUUUCCUCAUACUGUUUGCAAUUUUAAUUUUGUUUUUCUUGUUCUUCCAGUUUUGUUUUUAGUUAGUGUUACUCUUAUUUAUUAUGUAUGUGGUUUAAUCAUUAGUGGGUUCAUAAGUUUUCACUUCUUGGGUAAAUAUUUUAAUGAAUAUAGUAGGAGAAAACUUGCUUCUGUCCAUAUUUUGCCAAUAUUCAUGAAAGCAAUGUCUUAAAAUCAAAUACAGACUGUGUGUUUGUGUAUCUUAGCUGCAAAGAGAGACACAAACACACAAGUAACAGUCAGCGAGGUACAAUGUUAUCAUCAAAUAGAGAUGUUUCAUUAUUUCAACCCAGCUUACAUAAAAGAUAAAUUAUGUAGAAGUUAGUCCAAGUACAUGGUGCUCGUAAGGCACACACUGUGGUGCAUGGUAGCGACAUAAGUUUUAUUAUAAGGAAAAAGUUUUCCUGCAAGAAGGAAGAAUGCUGCAACGCAUUCUAUAUAGAAUCCUAAAUAGCCUCCUGGACUCUCCCCAAGUAGCAGGUACCACAGAGAGCAGAACUAAACUACUUGACCAAGUGACCCACUAAUAAAAAUUGUCUAACCAGCUAAGCUAGCUUCAUGGAAAUUACUUACGUACAGUGUAUUCAUGUCAUAUCCAUGGCUGCCCUCAUCAGUGAGUUGUUUUGUUUACGGGUUUAGUUCUGCUCUCUCUGGCACCUGUUGCUUGGGGAGAGUGGGUUCCAGUACUUCUAAAGGAGUCUAUUUAGAGAUUCCUGCAACUUCAGAGAAUAAUUACCAGAGAAAAGGAAAAUCUGAGGUGUGUAUAUUUUUGUUGUAUCAAAACAAUAUUAUCCUGUUCAACUGUUUAUAUAUUCCAGUGAUAUUUUUUUUCUUUGUAGCAUCAUUUUGUAUGCAAAGUAAAAUUUGUAAUUUAUGUAAACAGGGGAAUACUAAACAUAUCUUAGAGUAGCUGUAAUUUUGGUUAGUACAAUUUGCAGUGACUAUUUGUAUCUGUUUAGAAAUCUUCCCAAGUAUUGUCCAUGUUCUGAAUCUAUUGCAUCCAAAUUUUAAGCAUUUUUGCACAGGAAGUAGUCUAUGACCACUUUAUCAUGAAAACAACCUUCCAAGAGAUAAUUUUAAAGUUUUGAUAGGCAUGCAUUGUGCAUCUUUGUACUCGUCUUUCAUUUCAGUGCUUCUAUUUAUUUUUAACUGUUCUGCCAUCCCCCUCCCCUCCAUGUAGACUUAAUGUCAUAAAAAGAUCUUGAAAAAGGCUAACCCCUUUGUAAAUCCUUGUUUGCCAGAACAGCAGUGCUCCUGUGGUGUUGUCAUGGACUUAAGCUUGUUUGUAGCAUAAUGAUUAGUUGGUAGUACGAUAUGUAAGCCAGUUGAUAAAGAAAAGUACAUUUUGUACAUUAUGCAAAAAUCCCUGACAGAUAUGUGGAAGCUUGUGAUAUUUACAUUAGAUGGUGGGAUUUUCUUGAGGAUAGUGUUGACAUGCACUCAAAGUAUAUUAACUAUGUGCGUGUAUGUUUUCAUGUGUUUUGUAUUUUUUUCUUUUUUUUUCCAGGGGCUUUUAUAAUCUUUCAGAUUACUGAAGGAUACAAAAGUAUUAAAAUGUGAUAUUGAUCAUUGUCCUAUAGAUAUGGUCACUAAAAUUAUGAUGCAGUUUUUAUUAUUAUUAUUAUUAUUAUUGAUGGAUGAAAAAAAUCUGAUAAGGCCAAAAUGUGAAUAUUCAAUUACUUUUUAACCCCCCUUUUACAAACAAACACAUACCAUAGAUAUUAGGAUUUCUAUUUGUGUAUACUUUGGUGAUGAGGAUCCCAUUGAUGGAACUCUAGUCUGUUCCAUAUCCAUUGUUGAAUUCUAGCCAUCAGAUGUCUUGCUGUGAUUGUUGCACAUCCUUGUUCAUUAUUUCACAUUUAUAGUUACAUGAAUAUCCUGUAUUUAGACAGAUCAGGUAAAUCUAGUCAGUCAGGCUCACCAUCAAGGCAUCAGUUAGUGUACAUAUUUCAUGCUCUAUGCUUUUGUUGCGUAAAGAGACCUGAUUUUGGGAGAGAGCUUCAGACAACUAAUAUUGUAUAUUAUUAAAAAUUUUGAAGUAUUCACCAAAAUGUCCUGAAAUUAGUACUAACAUUCAUUAAGUAGCUCUUAUCUUGCUGAAGUCUCAUCUGUGUGCCACAUUUUCAAGUGCUUUUGUUGCACUGGAGUUUAGCAAUAUAAUAGGGUUUGGCAUGUGUGUGGUCAUUUGGAAACAGGAUAAAUGUUGACAAAAUGUUUCAAGGUUAGACCUUUCUGUAGCCUUAUAGAGGAGAAUGUGGAAAUCUGCAUCCAGUAAUAUAAUCUGGGUGAAGACUAGGAUACAACUGUUAAUGGAAUCUUAAAAGUAUUUUGUGAAUAAAUUUUUAUUAUA